CUCUCUCUCUCUCUAUCUCUUUCUCUCUCACACAGAACACAGAAUGGACGCAUCGGCGAUCGUCGGCUGGGAGAAGAGUUUGUGGAGACUGAUAGGGUUUUCGUUGGUGGCGAUUGUGGCGUUGGCGUGGGCUUGGAGGGUUAUGGACUGGGUGUGGUUUAGUCCUAGGAGGAAGGAGAGAAUUCUGAGGCAGCAAGGGUUCAAGGGAAACUCCUACACUCUGAUGAGGCUCAUGUUUGGGGACAUAAAAGAGAAUUCCAUGGUGUACGCAGAAGCCUUGGGAAAAGCUAUCAAUAUUCGUGAUCCAGCUGCUCCCAGAGUCAUGCCCUUCGUCCAUAGAACCCUUCACAAAUAUGGUAAAAAGUCGUACCUGUGGGUGGGACCAAGACCAAGAGUGCUGAUAAUGGACCCUGAGUUGAUGAAAACAGUCAUGACCAAACACAAUACCUACAAGAAGAAUUUUAAGGUGACAAACCACAUUGUCCAAAUAAUCGUCACUGGACUUCUUGGCCUUGAAGGCAAACUCUGGAGCAAAAGCAGAACCACCUUGAACCCUGUUUUCCAGUUGCAAAAAUUGAAGAAAAUGAUACCAGCAUUUCAAGUGAGCUGCGAUGAGAUUCUGAGCGAGUGGAAGAACUUAGCGUUCACCAAGGACGACGGAUCUUGCGUCCUCGACGUGUUCCCCUAUUUGGAAUCCUUAACGUCCAAAGUCGUGUCUCGAACGUUGUUUGCAACGGACUAUUCCAAGGAUAAAAACCUUUAUGUGAUUCUUAAAGAAAUGGCGUAUUUGGCAAAUCAAACCACACGCAUGGCAGAUUUACCAGGAGCCAAGUACUUGCCAACUGAGACCAACCAAAGGGCGAAGCAGAUCAUGAGUGAAGUGCGUAAACGACUAACGGUGCUGAUCAAGGAAAGAGCCAAGGAGAUAGAGGCAGGCCAGAAUGUGGAGGACAACUUCUUCGAUGUGCUAUUGAAUUCUGAACUUGCGGAGGCUCAUGGCAUCAAGAACAUGAAUGAUCUCUUCGGACAGGUCAAGUUGUUUUACUUUGCAGGUUAUGAGUCCACCGCGAAUUUGCUGGUUUGGACCAUGAUUUUGCUUGGCAUUCAUCAAGACUGGCAAGAGCGUGCUAGACAAGAAGCUUUCCAAGUGUUUGGCGACCGUAAACCCGACUACGAAGGCUUAAGCCAACUCAAAGUGAUUCCAAUGAUCUUGAACGAAGUGCUGAGGCUGUACCCUCCGGUGGUGGAGCUCUCUCGACUCGUCGAAGAAGAAACCAAACUAGGAGAGUACACCAUACCCGCAGACACACUUCUGAUGCUGCCAAUCGUGAUACUGCACCGUGAUCCCGAGUACUGGGGCGAAGACGCCAACGAAUUCAAGCCCGACCGGUUUGCUGAGGGAGUGCUGAAAGCCACGAACGGGCGCCCGGCGUUCUUCCCCUUUGGGUGGGGACCGCGCGUCUGCAUCGGUCAGAACUACUCCUUGAUGGAGGCCAAGCUUGUUCUCUCCAACAUUCUCCGCACGUUCUCCUUUGAGCUCUCGCCCACCUACACACACGCUCCUUACGUCGUUUUCACUGUCCAGCCACAGCACGGCGCUCCCCUCAUUCUGCGCAAGCUCAAGUAAGACGACAUGCGAACACAUAAGAUGUGAGCGGCGGUUCUUGAUUUGAAAUCUGUGGGGGUUACACCACCUGAAUGGUUCCUUGUUUGUAUUGUGCAUCGAUUGAAUUGUUUCGUGUUCUGAAUUGGGUGAACUUUCUUGAAUAAUCAGAUAUAAAGUUUCAAGCUUC